GUGUCUUAUAUUCCGCUUUUCUGACUGUUUACUUCCGUCAAUAUUCAAAGAAAAGAAGAAAAUUAUCAGCAUAACAAAGGACUCGCAUCUCUUGUAUUCAGGUCUCUGGAGCAGGUGAAAGAAGAUGCCUUUCUUGGGUCAAGACUGGAGAUCUCCAGGCUGGAGUUGGAUCAAAACUGAGGAUGGCUGGAAGCGCUUUGAUUAUUUCAGCCACAAAUUGGGAGAUAACAUCAAUGAACUUGGCUUGGAAGAAUUGGACAAUGACAACAAGGAGAACGUCUUCGUGGGAGAUGUCUGUGAAGUAGCUGCCAAGAAGAGGAAAAAGGACUUUUUCAACAACAACACUAAGUCACAAUUUUUGUUCCAGGAGAGGUGGAUUUAUGUUCAAAAAGAGAGUACGAGAGAGAGACAUGGGUAUUGUACGCUUGGUGAGGCCUUCAAUCGUCUGGACUUUUCCAGCGCCAUUCAGGAUGUGCGGCGAUUCAACUAUGUAGUUAAACUUCUGCAUCUGAUUGCCAAAUCCCAGCUGACGUCGUUGAGUGGAGCUGCUCAGAAGAACUACUUCAACGUUCUGGAAAAGAUUGUGAGGAAAGUUCUGGAAGACCAUCAGAACCCACGACUGAUCAAGGCGCUGCUGCAUGAUUUAAGCUCCACGCUUUGCAUCCUCAUCCGAGAAGUUGGGAAGUCUGUGCUGGUCGGCAACAUCAACAUUUGGGUCUGCCGUUUAGAAACCAUCUUAAAAUGGCAGCAGCAGCUCAACAAUUUACAAAUUCCAAAGCAAGUUUCAAACGGGAUGACACUGAGCGACCUCCCUUUGCACAUGCAAACCAACAUCCUUUACAAGUUUACCGAUGCCUAUGACAUCAUCAAUCUGGGACAAGCCACGCCGACGCUGCAAAUGCUUAGCGAGGACCGACAUCUGUGGAAGAAACUGUGCCAGUUUCACUUUGCUGAAAAACAGUUCUGCAGGCACUUGAUUCUGUCAGAGAAGGGCCAUGUGGACUGGAAGCUGAUGUUUUUCACACUUCAGAAAUACUACCCUCAGAAAGAGCAGUACGGGGACACUCUGCAGUUCUGCAGGCACUGUAGCAUCCUCUUCUGGAACGACAGACACCUGGCUUUGAUCUUUAAGGACUCGGGACAUCCCUGCACGGCCAAUGAUCCUGACAGCUGCCUCACCCCCAUCUCUCCUCAGCACUUCAUAGACCUCUUCAAAUUCUGAAAUUGGGAAUAAUCUUGGGACCCUCCUGCCUUCUGAUCUCCUCCGGAACACCUGCAAACAAACACCUCUAACAACAUGUAUUUUGCCUUCUUCAGCUCUGUGCUACAAACUAUAUCCUUCUUUCUUCUCCCAUCUCACACUCCCCAGAUGCUCGUUCUACGAUUAAAGUGUGAAACCUCCGACGAUGUAACGAAUGAUUAAAUUUUCCUUUUUUGCCUCACCCCCAAACUCAAGGGCUCAUGGAAAAGAUGUCAUAACAUUAGUGUUUCUUUGGUGUUGUCCUCUAUUUUUGUUCCUCAGAGAAGUUCUUGAUGCACGGAUAAACGGGAGAUGAAAAGCAAACAGAGGUGGGAUAUCGGAAGGAUGAAUUUGCUUUCAGGAUGAACUGAUCAAGUGUGGGAGAUCCUGAGUGGAGGUUAUCUUGUCUUUUUCAUGUACUGUAUGUAUUUUCGUUUCUAUACCAAUGAUAUGCACGUCAGAAGUAGCCGUAGGUUAUUGUUUACGUGACUUUUUGUGUCGUUUCGUCAGUGCUGUGCGUGCGUAUUUGAUGCGUCAACACUAAAGUGUGCAUUUGCAUUGCAUUUGCUGCACAAAACCUUUUUACGAUACACUUUUUGCCGAGUCUGUCGUGAGGACGGACGGAAAUUCUAAUGUAAGCUUUGCUAUUUAUGAAAAAAAACAAAUGUAUUUUAUAUCCUUUCUCUGAACUUUGUAAUAUUCCUUUACUAUUCCGGUAAUAUAAAUGUCUUUGAAAUGGCUGAACUGUAGGAUGUGUUUGGUACUAUUGUUAAGCAUUUGCAAGAAACAUGAUUAUCUAAAAGGAAUUAAAACU